AUGCAGAUUCAUAUUAUUUGCUCCAUUUGUUUCUUUGCUUACGCCGGAGUGCAAGCAAAUGAUGAUGAGGAAAAUAAGCAUCAUCAUGAUCAUGACGAUAAGUGGAAUGAUUCUAGCCUUUGGGUGUUUGCCGCUUAUAUGGCUAUCUUGAUAGGCAUUACCCUAGUUCUUUUCCUACUACUCUUUUUGUGGCACCGCUUCUGCCAUGUGGAUCCAGUGGCUGCUAUGAUACAAAGGUUCCCUGUUUUCACUUUUGUUCCUGGUGGGGAAUCCGGGUUUGGAGCCACAGAGUGCAGCAUCUGCCUGACGGAAUUUGCCGAUGGGGAGCAUCUCCGGAUGCUGCCGUGUGGACACAUAUACCACCGGCAGUGUCUUAGAGAGUUGGUCGCUUCAGGGAGCAUGACUUGUCCAGAUUGCCGCCAUAAUUUUGGCAAUAAUAAUGCAUGGGAAGUCAGAUAA